UACAUACACAUUGGGCUUUGCCUUCUCAAAACGCAACGUUUUUGGUUUCUGUUCCCGGAGAAGUCCUCAAAUAUCUCCCACACAAAGAACAGCCUGUGAAACUGAUAAACCUCAGUUAAACCCACUCCUCUUCACUCAACAAUCUUUUCAAAUUUUUAUCUGCGUUUUCCUCUCAAUCCCGUCUUCAAUAAAACAUGCAAGUCUCUCUCCCCGUUUCACCCUCCAAGCUCCCCUCAAUUUUCCCAUUCCACCACCCCAUUCCUCCCCCUCACCAUCCCCACAAAAACCUUGCUUUCCAAACCCAAGCCAGCCCCUUCGACGCCCUCAAAACCUCAGGCUAUUUAUCCACAAUCAGCCGUGCUAUAGAGGAAGAAGAAGAGUACCGCAAAGCCAGAGCUACUGUCACCAGAAAGGGUAUUGAAGUCGAAGGCUGCUUCAUUGAAGGACUCUCUAUUGGUGGCCAUGAAACCUGUGUCAUAGUUCCUCAAUUCAAAUCUGCUUUUGAUAUUGGGAGAUGCCCCUCUCGUGCUAUUCAGCAGAAUUUUGUUUUCAUUACCCAUGCUCAUCUUGAUCACAUUGGUGGGCUGCCAAUAUAUGUAGCUAGCCGUGGUUUGUACAACUUAAAGCCUCCCACAGUAUUUGUACCUCCAUGUAUCAAAGAGGAUGUGGAGAAGCUGUUGGAUAUUCACAGGACAAUGGGACAAGUGGAACUCAAUCUUGAUUUGGUCGCACUUGAUGUUGGUGAAACAUACGAAUUGCGAAAUGACAUUGUCGUCCGACCAUUUAGAACUCACCAUGUUAUACCAAGCCAGGGUUAUGUCAUAUACACUAUUAGAAAAAAGCUGAAGAAGCAGUACAUUCAUCUGAAAGGGAAACAGAUUGAGAAAUUGAAGAAGUCUGGUGUUGAGAUCACAGACAUCAUUUUGUCUCCAGAGGUGGCAUUUACAGGGGAUACAACAGCAGAAUACAUGCUUGAUCCACGAAAUGCAGAUGCCUUGAGGGCCAAAAUUCUUAUAACUGAGGCAACUUUCCUUGAUGAAGGCUAUAGCAUUGAUCAUGCAAGACAACAUGGUCAUACUCAUUUAUUUGAGAUCAUUGAACAUGCUCAGUGGAUCAGGAACAAGGCCGUCCUAUUAACUCAUUUCUCAUCCCGUUAUAGUAUAGAGGACAUUCGUCUAGCUGUUUCGAAGUUGCAGUCUAAAGUGUCAGCAAAGGUGGUUCCUCUAACAGAGGGUUUCAAAUCAAUGCACUCAUAGUCGUCUUUUUCAGAAGAUGUGAUGAAUUAGAGACUAGAGUAUAGAGAAAUGAGUAAAAAAACAUGCAAUUUUCCCCUUUUGUAAUAUAUUGAAUGUAUGCAUAAAAUUUUUUUUCUGACUUUGUAGGAAUCUGUUCACAAUGUGCAUUAUUGUCAAAGUUUUGUGGGUUCUUUGAACUGAUUAAUAUAGGAUAGGAUAGCAUGAUGAACUAGGAGAAAACAGUAGUGUUAAGGAGUUGUAGACUUAUGUUAUUCACCUUAAAUCAGGGAAUGGUUGUACGUAUCAUAUCUGUGUGAUUUCAAGAGCAGUAGUGCAGUGACACGUCUAUGUCGACCAGGUUGGCCCUGUGAGUGCAAUGCUCUAAUCCGUUACUUGAUUUGUGCACUGAAGCUCAUCAGGCACCACAUCUUCUAAGGGACUGUGCAUUGGAUUCUCAUCAAUGAAUUUGCUAUGAAAGCAUCAUUCGACACA